GUCCUUCGCUGAUUCAGGGGGAGUUGGAGGAUGAUGCAACCAUCCACGCUGUUCUUGAACACAAACCUGAAUUUCCCGCCAAAAUUUUUUAGAUUCGCGCCAUCUAAGCCAGCUUCUCUUGGAAACUCUAUCUGUCGUUGUCCGAUGACUAGUUUCGGCGGUUUUAUAGUGAAAUCUGAGAUGGGUGGUGGUUCUUCGAUUGGUGGAGAUGGUUUUCGGACUUUGUUAGAUUGUGUGGGAGGGGAAAACGUAGGAGACGAUCUGGUGGUGCUGUUCGCUCAUUUACAGUACGCUUGCAAGAGAAUUGCAGCGGUUGUGGCGUCUCCCUUCAAUUCGGAGCUCGGGAAGCGUGUGGGACUAACCGAUGGAAGUACUGCCCUAGCUGCAUCUGUUGGUGCUGGUAGAGACACUCCAAAGCCACUGGAUAUUGUUUCGAACGAAAUUAUCUUGUCUUCUCUCAAAAGUUCUGGUAAAGUGGCUGUCAUGGCUUCAGAAGAAGAUGAUGCUCCGGUUUGGAUAGCUGAUAAUGGCCCAUUUGUAGUGGUCACUGAUCCUCUUGAUGGUUCUCGGAACAUUGAUGCUUCCAUUCCAACUGGAACAAUAUUUGGCAUUUAUAACCGUCUUCUGGAGUUGGAUCAUCUGCCUACGGAGGAGAAGGCCCAGCUUAACUCGCUCCAGAGUGGAGCAAGGCUUGUAGCUGCAGGUUAUGUUCUCUACUCAUCUGCCACCAUAUUCUGUGUAAGCUUUGGUUCAGGAACACAUGCAUUUACUCUGGAUUGGUCAACUGGAGACUUUGUUCUUACACACCCAAGCAUAAAAAUUCCUCCCCGAGGGCAAAUCUAUUCUGUAAAUGAUGCCCGGUAUUUUGAUUGGCCUCAAGGUUUAAGGCAGUACAUUGACACAGUUAGACAGGGAAAAGGGAAGUACCCAAAGAAGUACUCAGCCCGUUAUAUCUGUUCUCUGGUUGCUGAUCUCCAUCGCACUCUGAUGUAUGGAGGGAUAGCAAUGAAUCCAAGAGACCAUCUUCGUUUAGUUUAUGAAGCAAACCCUCUUAGUUUCAUUGUGGAACAAGCUGGAGGUAGAGGAUCUGAUGGUAAAAGUAGGAUUCUUUCACUCCAACCAGUUGAGCUGCAUCAGAGACUUCCAUUAUUUCUGGGGAGUUUGGAGGACAUAGAAGAGUUAGAAAGCUAUGGAGAUGUCCAACAGAAGAUAAACCCUGGGUAUGAAGUUUGAUGCAGUACUUAUCUACUGAUUAUUGAAAUAGAUAAAUAAACCUUGAACAUUUUACUGUUCAAUACUGCCAUUAUCUGUUGUAGAAUCAAGAUGUUGCAAAUUUUAAUGUAUUUUCUUAUCUUGAGUCUCAUCAAUGAAUUAUUU